GACCAAGAAGUGCACACUUAUAAAAGAUCACAAUCUACAUAUUUAAUCACAAAGUGGCGAGAUUUAAAAGGAAACUCCUGCUGAGAACACGAGAUGACUGUGAGGAGACUCUGACAGGAGAGAUGUCUUAUCCCAGUAAGGAGUUAAUGGAGCAUAUUCCACAUGUUCCUCAUCUGGCUCUGCACAGCUUCUCUAUGAAGAACAGUGGAGCUCACUACAAGGAUGCACUUCUACAUGGACUGCCUUUCCACCUGGACGCUGCAUACCUGGACCCAGUGCACGGUCAGAUGUCACCCUGCAGACGGUUAACCUAUCUCCCCUUCCACAUCCCUCUCAGUGUGUGUGAUUACUCCUUCGAGCCUGCGUUUAUCCGCAAGAGGAACGAGAGGGAGCGUCAUCGGGUGCGCUGCGUCAACGAAGGUUACGCGCGGCUCAGAGAGCGUCUGCCGCAGGAGUUAGAGGACAAAAAGCUCAGUAAAGUGGAGACACUGCGAGCUGCUAUCGACUAUAUCAAACACCUGCAGAGACAGCUGGACUUGAACGUGUCCGGGAUGGAGACGUCACUUGGAGACGUGCGUAAGAGGACAGACUGCAACAGUGAUGGAGAAUCCAAAACUGGCCUCAGCGACAGUGGGGAGAUGGUUUACUAGCUCUGACUCUCUCUCUGUGUGUGUGAUCUACUGUUCACUAAUUAAACUGUAAAGAGAGUAAAACAUG